CCCCCGGUCGCGGUUAUAGCGCGCGCGCGGCGCGGCGGGGGCGCGUGCGGAGAUGGCGGCGGGCGCGGCGGGAACGCGCGCGGUCCUGGCGCUGCUCGUCUUGUGCUCGAUGGCCGCCGGCGCCGCGGGGACAACUGGUUUUAUAAAGUCACCGCUGUCUCAAAAGAGACUGACUCAGGACAGCGUGGAGUUGUACUGCGAGGCGAUUGGCAAUCCCAUCCCUGAGAUCCAGUGGUGGUUUGAGGGCAACGACCCCAAUGAGACCUAUGCUCAGCUCUGGGAUGGCGCACGGCAGGACCGUGUCAAAAUCAACGCCACCUACAACCUGCACUCUACCAGCACCAUCUCCAUCGCCAACCUCACGGGCGACGACUCGGGCAUGUACGAGUGCCGGGCCAGCAACGACCCCGACCGCAACCACUUGUCGAAGAGCCCCAAAGUCAAGUGGAUCCGUUCCCAGGCGAACGUUUUUGUCAUCGAACGUCCUGAAAUUACUACUCAUGUCAUUGAGAGUUCUGACAAGCUGAUCCUCAGCUGUAACAUGUCUGCACCACACCUCACCAUCACGGGCCACAAGUGGAUUCACAGGGAGAAGAUCCUGGAGCAGGAUGAGAACCCCGGUACUUUUACCAGCUACACAAUUGAUGGGAAGAAGGAGGAGCACUCUGGUGUCUACGAGUGCGUCUUCGAAGCAAACCCGCAGAUAAAAGGACAAGUGAACAUUUCUGUUGCCCCCCAGGUGACAGCAUACAAGAAGUCUGAGCAUGGCAAUGAGGGGGACAUGGGUGUGCUGACCUGCAAGAAUCCCUCUUUCCCUGCUGUCACCUCUUGGUCCUGGCACAAAAGUGGUCAUGGGCUCCUGGAGAACGCCUCUGGCCGAUACAUCAUCAAGUCCAGCGGCAACAAGACAGAGCUGCGCAUCCUGAAGCUGGAUAUCGAGCAGGACACGGGUGAUUACUCCUGCAAUGCCACCAACCCCUACGGCACCGGGAACGCCCUGGUGAACCUGCGCGUGCGCAGCCGCCUGGCCGCGCUCUGGCCCUUCCUGGGCAUCGUGGCAGAGGUCCUCGUGCUUGUCACCAUCAUCUUCAUCUAUGAGAAGAGGAGGAAGCCAGAUGAGGUUCCUGACGAUGAUGAUGGAGGCUCUGCACCACUGAAGAGCAAUGCCACAAACCACAAGGACAAGAACGUCCGCCAGAGAAACGCAAACUGAGAGCAGGGCCAGGUGAUGUGUAGAUGAAGAACUCGUCUGGACAAUUUUGUUUUCUUUUAAUUUUUUUGGUAAAAUAGCACCAUGGAAUAUUCUAGUGCGUCCUUGCGAUUCAGUUACUUCACUUUCUAAGGAAACUUAAGUUGUAGAAUAUAAAAUACACUUUUUUUUUUUUUUUUUUUUUUUUUAAGAGUCGUGGGAGGGUUUUUCUACCUGUAAAUGUAAAUCCUUUGUUCCUGGUAGUGUAGGUCUCUGGCUGUCUCUGUCCUAGGUUAUUUCAUGUUGGUACAGAGUGGGGAGGGGGGUGGGAGUGCAGCUGUGUCCCACCUGCUUGUGGGGGUGAGGGAGGAGCUGCUUUGGUGGCUGUAGGGGAAUGACCUGAUCUGACCAGAGGGUUCAGGAAGGGGUUCUGUGUCUUUCCCAGUGCGUCACCAGGAGCAAGGCUGCACCUUUCCCUGACAAAGGGCUCGUUCCUGGCUUGUCCCUGUCGGGCAGAUUCCCAGUCAGCUCCUGCUGAGAUGUUCUUGGUUACUCUGAAACAGGCAGCCAGGAGCUGGAUGCUGGAUAAUGAUUGCUGUAACUUAUUCCGUGGGUUGUUCAUGUCUCUGCAGUGGGGAGGGGCAGGGUGAGCUGGGGCUGGGGGCAGUUUUUAAGGUUUAACAGUGUGUGCUUGUGCUUGAGCCAGCGCAGUGUGUGUGUGACGUGGGGGGCCUGUGAGCAGACAAGUGCUCAGGGGAGUCUAACACCUUUACUGCUGGGUAGCAUUGAACUGUUCCAUCUGUUAACACUUCACAAAUAAAGAUGAUUCCUCUCUCUUUUUUCCA